AUGCAGCAACCAGAAGAGGGGGCCACUGCGGUGGAAAAAAUCCCCGAUGAGGUGAGCGCCGGCGAACAGGUCUCAUCCACACAAGAGAAGAUUGCAGAGAAGAACUACGAUUCCGGCUCGACACUGUCGGGAAUCGCCAAGGAUAAUAAUGGAAGCAAGACGGCGCUGUCAUUGGAUGAUGAUGCCAUCUUUGCGCAUUUGCCUCAGCAUGAGAAGGAUAUUCUGAAGAAGCAGUUGGAUGCGCCGCUGGUCAAGAUCUCGUUCUUUGGACUGUACCGUUAUGCUUCGACGAUGGAUAUCUUGAUUUUGCUGGUUAGCGCUAUCUGCGCCAUUGCUGCGGGUGCUGCGUUGCCGCUGUUUACGAUUCUUUUCGGUUCCUUGACCACCGCCUUCCAAGGCAUCCAAUUGAAGACUAUGUCCUACGAUGAUUUCUACCACGAAUUAACGAAGAACGUUUUGUACUUUGUCUACCUCGGUAUCGCCGAGUUCGUCACUGUCUAUAUCAGCACUGUUGGUUUCAUCUACACUGGCGAGCAUAUCACCCAGAAGAUUCGCGAGCAGUACCUCGAAGCUAUCCUGCGUCAGAACAUUGCCUACUUUGACAAGUUGGGCGCUGGUGAAGUCACCACCCGUAUUACUGCCGACACCAAUCUGAUUCAGGACGGUGUUUCGGAGAAGGUGGGUCUGACUUUGACUGCCCUGGCCACCUUCGUGACUGCUUUCAUUGUUGCCUACGUCAAGUAUGCCCCUCUGGCUGGUAUCUGUACCUCGUCCAUCGUUACGCUGGUUCUGAUCAUGGGCGGUGGAUCUCAAUUCAUCGUCAAGUACAGCAAGUUGUCCCUGGAAAGCUACGGUGCCGGUGGCACCGUUGCUGAAGAAGUUAUCAGCUCCAUUCGCAAUGCGACCGCUUUUGGUACCCAGGACAAACUGGCCAAGCAGUACGAGGUGCACUUGCGCACCGCUGAACGUUGGGGCACGCGUAUGCAGAUGGCUCUGGGUGUUAUGGUCGGUGGUAUGUUCGGUGUCAUGUUCCUGAACUACGGCCUGGGUUUCUGGAUGGGCUCCCGGUAUUUGGUCGAGGGCAAGGUCAACGUCGGCCAGGUCUUGACUAUUCUCAUGGCUAUUCUCAUUGGUUCGUUCAGCUUGGGUAACGUUGCCCCUAACGCCCAAGCAUUUACCAACGCCGUGGCUGCUGCUGCCAAGAUCUUCAGCACCAUUGACCGUGUCUCUCCCGUGGAUCCCACUUCCGACGAGGGUGUCAUUCCCGAUCACGCCGAGGGUGAAAUCGAGUUCCGCAAUGUCAAGCACAUCUACCCCUCCCGCCCUGAGGUCACCGUCAUGAAGGACGUUUCCCUGUCGAUCCCCGCUGGCAAGACUACCGCCCUGGUGGGACCUUCGGGUUCUGGCAAGUCCACUGUUAUCGGUCUGGUUGAGCGUUUCUACCUGCCCGUUGGUGGUAGUGUUUUCCUGGAUGGUCACGAUAUUCAGACUCUUAACCUGCGCUGGCUCCGUCAGCAGAUUUCCCUCGUCCAGCAGGAGCCUGUCCUCUUCGGUACUACCAUCUACAAGAACAUUCGUCACGGUCUGAUCGGUACCCGCUUCGAGGAUGAGCCCGAAGAACGUAUCCGCGAACUUAUCGAGAACGCUGCCAAGAUGGCCAAUGCCCACGAAUUCAUCAUGUCCCUGCCGGAGAAGUACGAGACCAACGUUGGCCAGCGCGGUUUCCUGCUUUCUGGUGGCCAGAAGCAGCGUAUUGCUAUCGCUCGUGCUGUUGUUUCCGACCCCAAGAUUCUGCUCCUGGAUGAGGCUACUUCUGCCCUGGAUACCAAGUCCGAGGGUGUGGUGCAAGCUGCUCUGGACCGUGCUGCUGAAGGCCGUACUACCAUCGUCAUCGCUCACCGUCUUUCCACCAUCAAGACUGCUCACAACAUUGUCGUCUUUGUCAAUGGCUCGAUUGUCGAGCAGGGUACUCACGAUGACCUGAUUGAGACCGCCGGUCCUUACUCCAAGCUUGUCGAGGCCCAGCGCAUUAACGAGGAGAAGGAGGCCGAUGCCCUUGCCGACGAAGACGUGGAGGAUGACUCGGAUGAGGCUCUGGACAAGCAGAACAUCGCUCGUGUGAAGUCGGUGGCUAGCGGCUCGACCGCUCUCAAGGAUGAAGAGGCUGGUGCGCUGUUCCCCGAGGAUAUCCGCCGUGCCGAUACUCGCAAGUCUGUCUCCAGUGUGAUUCUCUCCAAGAAGGGUCCCGACCCGAAGGCCAAGUACUCGCUCUGGACUCUCAUCAAGUUUAUCGCUUCGUUCAACAAGGAGGAGUGGAAGUACCUCGUUAUCGGUUUGAUCUUCUCUUGUCUCGCCGGUGGUGGUCAGCCCACUCAGGCUUUCCUCUACGCCAAGGCUAUCAGUGCUCUGUCUCUGCCCCCGUGGGAAUACGCCAAGCUCCGCUCUGAUGCCAACUUCUGGGCAUUGAUGUUCCUGGUCGUUGGUAUUGUCCAGUUUUUCACCUACUCGAUCAAUGGUGUCGCCUUUGCAUUCUGCUCCGAGCGUCUCAUUCGCAAGGCUCGCAGCAAGGCGUUCCGUGUUAUGCUGCGCCAGGAUAUCAGCUUCUUCGAUCGCGAGGAGAACAGCACCGGUGCUUUGACUUCGUUCCUCUCCACCGAGACCAAGCAUCUCUCUGGUAUUAGUGGACAGACUCUGGGUACAAUUCUGAUGACCUCGACCACCCUCAUUGCGGCCAUUGUCAUCUCCCUGUCCUUCGGCUGGAAGCUUGCCCUCGUUUGUAUCAGUGUCGUCCCCGUUCUCCUUGGCUGCGGUUUCUACCGCUUUUACAUGCUCGCUGCUUUCCAGGCCCGCUCUAAGCUCGCCUACGAAGGCUCUGCCAGCUACGCCUGCGAAGCUACCUCUGCCAUCCGCACUGUUGCCUCUCUUACCCGUGAGGACGAUGUCUGGGGUAUCUACCACGACCAGCUGGAUGCCCAGGCUCGCGUCAGCCUGAUUUCCGUCACCAAGUCUUCCCUUCUGUACGCCGCCUCCCAGGCCCUGGUCUUCUUCUGCGUCGCUCUUGGCUUCUGGUACGGUGGUACCCUCCUGGGUCACGGCGAAUACGAUACCUUCCGCUUCUUCGUCUGCUUCAGUGAGAUCCUGUUCGGCGCGCAGUCCGCCGGUACAGUCUUCUCGUUCUCCCCCGACAUGGGCAAGGCCAAGAACGCUGCCUAUGAGUUCCGCAAGCUGUUCGACCGUCGCCCGACUAUCGACACCUGGGCUGAGGAGGGUACUACUGUCGACCACGUCGACGGAGCCAUUGAGUUCCGCGACGUGCACUUCCGCUACCCGACUCGUCCCGAGCAACCCGUCCUCCGUGGCCUGAACCUCAGCGUCAAGCCCGGUCAGUACAUCGCCCUGGUCGGACCUAGCGGAUGCGGUAAGAGUACCACCAUCGCCCUCCUGGAACGCUUCUACGACGCCCUGUCCGGCGGCGUCUUCGUCGACGGCCACAACAUCGCCGAUCUAAACGUCAACUCCUACCGCAGCCACCUCGCCCUCGUCAGCCAGGAACCCACCCUGUACCAAGGAACCAUCAAGGACAACAUCCUCCUGGGUAUCGACCAGGACGACAUCCCCGAAGACGAACUUGUCAAGGCUUGCAAGGACGCUAACAUCUACGACUUCAUCUUGUCCCUCCCCGAGGGCUUCAACACCGUCGUCGGCUCCAAGGGCGGCAUGUUGUCCGGUGGUCAGAAGCAGCGUGUCGCUAUUGCUCGCGCGCUCCUCCGGAACCCGAAGAUUCUUCUCCUGGACGAGGCUACUUCGGCGUUGGACUCUGAGUCCGAGAAGGUCGUUCAGGCUGCGCUUGAUGCUGCGGCUCGUGGUCGGACUACAAUUGCUGUUGCUCAUCGUUUGAGUACCAUCCAGAAGGCGGAUAUUAUUUACGUCUUUGAUCAGGGAAAGAUUGUUGAGAGUGGUACUCAUGCCGAGUUGCUGAAGAGUAAGGGUCGUUACUAUGAGUUGGUUAACCUGCAGAGCUUGGGCAAGACUCAUUAG